GGUGAUUCCAAGCAUUUACUACUCGAAGACAUAACGGAGACGAACCCAAGAAAUUUUGCUAAAACCUCUGAAACCACCACCGCCGGCGAACUCCCCGGCGAUCUGUCGAUUCUCAAUUUCUUCUGUCGUCAAAGAAGGGAAGAGAAAGAGACUCGGAGAGGGUCGUGGAUCGAUCAAUCGAUCUACUUCAUCUAACCUAUCGACUCAUAUUCAAGUCUGAUUUCUGGCGUUACAGUUAAAUUGCGAUCCUGCUUCUAACUAGCGAGCAAAACAUUGUGAGUUUGACAAUGAAGAGUGGUGAGCGAGCUGCAAAUAUCGCUCUAGCAGGUCUAACACUGGCACCGCUAGUUUUGAAGGUAGACCCAAAUAUAAAUGUCAUCUUGACUGCAUGCCUAACGGUUUUUGUGGGUUGUUACCGCUCUGUCAAGCCAACACCUCCUUCUGAGACAAUGUCUAAUGAACACGCCAUGCGUUUCCCUCUGGUUGGCAGUGCGAUGCUGUUGUCUUUGUUCUUGCUCUUUAAGUUCCUGUCAAAAGACUUGGUUAAUGCUGUUUUGACAUCCUACUUCUUUGUGCUUGGCAUCCUCGCACUCUCGGCGACACUCUUACCUGUAAUAAGGCGGUUUUUACCUACCAAGUGGAAUGAAGAUGUUAUAACUUGGCGUUUCCCGCAUUUUCGCUCGUUGGACAUUGAGUUCACAAGAUCUCAAGCUGUCGCUGCGAUUCCCGGGACCAUUUUUUGUGUGUGGUAUGUUGCACAGAAGCAUUGGCUGGCUAACAAUGUUUUGGGACUUGCAUUUUGCAUUCAGGGAAUUGAAAUGCUUUCCCUUGGCUCAUUCAAGACUGGUGCUAUUCUGUUGGCUGGACUUUUUGUAUAUGAUAUAUUUUGGGUCUUUUUUACCCCUGUGAUGGUCAGCGUUGCCAAAUCUUUUGAUGCACCUAUAAAGCUUCUAUUCCCCACGAGGGAUGCUGUCCGUCCAUUUUCUAUGCUUGGUUUAGGUGACAUUGUUAUUCCAGGCAUUUUUGUAGCCUUGGCCCUGAGAUUCGACGUAUCAAGAAGGAGAAAGAGCCACUACUUCAAGAGUGCUUUCUUGGGAUAUGCCGUUGGUGUAAUCCUUACAAUUCUUGUCAUGAAUUGGUUCCAAGCUGCACAGCCCGCUCUGUUAUACAUUGUACCAGCGGUAAUCGGGUUCUUGGCUGCCCAUUGCAUAUGGAACGGGGAGGUCAAACCGUUAUUGGAGUUUGACGAGUCUAAAUCAGCUAUUGUCGAUACAGACGUAGACGAGAAAACGAACAAGAUAAAGUAGAUCAAGAGAUAGAAAAUCUGGUUUAGAUGUUCACUAUAGAAGGAAAUAUGGUUUCAUCUCUUUCUUUCUUUCAUACUUGUUCUUUUGUGGCAUUUUCGCUCCGAUCUUGGUAACUUAUGGCGAUAGAUGUUUCCAAAUCGAUUCUGCAUUUGAUCUUUUGUUUCUGGUAUCGUAGCUCGAGUCUUUGUC